GCCAUCUUGAGGAUUUAUUGUCAUAAUAAACAAAUACAGUACUUAUGUACUGUAUGUUGAAUGUAUAUAUCCGUCCGAGUUUUAUUCAUUUUUUUCUUAAUGCAUUGCCAAAAUGUAUAUGAUCAGGAAAAAUUAUCGGGAAUGAUUGGAAUUGAAUCGGGAGCAAAAAAAAAAGCAAUCGGAUCGGGAAAUGUCGGGAUCGGCAGAUACUCAAACUAAAACGAUCGGGAUCAGAUCGGGAGCAAAAAAACAUGAUCGGAACAACCAUAAUAAUAAGUUCAUAUACUGUAGAUUACAUUGUGCUGAGAAAAAAGUUACUCAUUACUUGAGUAUAAUUUGCACUGAAUACUUAAGCAUGAGUAAUAUUAUUUUAAAGUAAUGCUACUCUCACUUGAGUAAAAGUUUUAGCUACUCUACCCACCUCUGUCCAUAGCAGCCAUUGACGGCGAUAGACAGCCAAUCCAUUUUGACUGGGAUGGCUGGAAUCGAGCAUUCGCUGACAACCUCUUCCAGUCAAAAUGGAUUGGACACCUAUCGCUGUCAAUGUAACAUCAUAUAUCAAUAUAAGGCUGAAAUCUAAUUGGACAGACACAAAAAUGGGGCGUGGAGUUAGCUUGGAUUGAUUGUCAAGCAGAAACUCCCACAGUAAAUCCAUGUGCACACAGUGAGCGGUUGCUGUACUUAGUUUGAGUCUCUUCUGCUUCUCUCAAAAAAUUCCAUUGACUGAAUUAAAAAACAAAGCAUAAUGACAACUUGCAAAAGAAACACAGAAAAGUGGCUUGUUGGUCAACUUACUAAAACCAAGCAGAGAUAAAAGAUUUGCUGAAAGGCAUGAGGCUGUGCAACCGGGGCGUGAUGAUGCUGAUGACCACGGCGGGGGCUUUCUGCGCCUUCAGCCUCAUGACCAUCGCCGUGGGGACUGACUACUGGCUGUACUCGCGUGGGAUGUGCCGCUCCAAGAACCUCGGGGACAAUGAGACGGUCCGCAAGAAUGAGGAGGUGCUCACGCACUCGGGUUUGUGGAGAACUUGCUGCACUGAAGGAACAUUCCGAGGUGUUUGCAAAGACAUCGACCACUUUGCGGAAGAUGCGGAUUACGAGCAGGAUGCAGCAGAGUACUUACUACGAGCGGUUCGAGCAUCCAGCCUCUUCCCGAUCCUCAGCGUGGGCUUGCUGUUCCUUGGAGGUGUGUGCGUGGCUGCUAGCGAGUUUUACAAGUCACGCUACAACGUCAUCCUCACGGCGGGCAUUCUCUUUGUCUCUGCAGGUCUGAGCAACAUCAUCGGCAUCAUCGUGUACAUAUCAGCCAACUCCGGGGACCCAAGCCAGAGUGACAACAAGAAAAGCUACUCGUACGGCUGGUCCUUCUACUUCGGGGCGCUGUCUUUCGUCCUGGCUGAGAUGGUAGGCGUUCUGGCGGUGCACGUGUUCAUCGAGAAGCACCGGCAGCUCCGGACAAACGGCCGACCCUCCCUGAUGAAACCCCCAGUCUCCCGCGGUUCGUCCAACUAUCGCAACCGCUACUAUAACAACCGCACCCGUAGACACAGCAGCAGAAGCAACCACAGCAUCGGUGCAGACUCGAGAUCUAACUCCCUGCGAGCGUCCCUGAUGCGGGAGGCGUCGCUUUCAUCCGGGGCCAAGGUGGCCACCUUGCCGGGGUUGCCCCCUCCGGUCGCAUCGGAGUUUAUGCUUUACGCGCUGAAGGACGCGGACAUGAUGUUGGACGGGGUGACGGCUGCGCCUCAGGAUGACAGCGACAUGAUUACCGGAAAUUGUGGUGCCAAUAGAAGAACCACUCCUGUCUAA